GUAUUGAUACAAUCAGCGGAGAUGAUGCUCAAUGAUUGGUUAAAACGAAGGACAGGAGAGACAAUUUUACCUUUAGUAGUGAUAGAGCUUCAACAUUCAGAGAGGAGAUAACGCUCUCUAAUCGAAACCAAACAUGAUGAAUAAACUGACACUAAAUGUAACAGAGGCAAAUGAAACCUUGGAAACAGUAAAAUCUUUACUGACUGAAAGUGACUAUUUAGCUGUUGCCAGCUAUCUUGUUAUACUCGGUAUUAUAGCUAUAUUAGCUAACUCAUUUGUCAUCUUUGUCCUGCUAAAAGGAGACGUCAGUUACUACAGAAUUCAUAAGAAAUUGCUUCUAAAUAUUGCAAUAGCAGACUUAAUGCUAUCACUGAUAGCGUUUCCAUUCUUUGCGUCUUCUAGCUUUGCAAACCGGUGGCUGUUUUCCGAUAUCGGAUGUACUUUUGCUGGAUUUUGGAUAUUUUUGUUAGCUCAGAAUGAUAUGAAUACUCAUGCUGCGAUUGCAGUGUAUCGGUAUAUCAUAAUUUGUCAGCCAUCUUAUGAAUACUAUUUGAAGAGAAAAAAUGCCAGUUACUACAUCCUAGGUACUGUUUGGGGUCAUACUUUGCUUUUCACUGGUUUACCAUUAGUUGGUUGGAGUAGAUAUCAACAAGAAGCCUUCGGAACUUCAUGUACUAUAGCCUGGGAUGACAACAGGCCCGCAGAAUUGGCUUAUAAUAUAGUGAUAAUAAUUGCAUGUUACUGUGUACAUGUUGUUAUCUUUAUCUUCUGUUAUUACAAAAUAAUAAACGAGUUUUCCUCCGCUAAAAGAUGUCUUGCUCGUCUGAGGGAAGAAGUGAUUACUGACAGAGAAACACUUAGACUAGAACUGAUGUUAAAAUACCAUAAAGUAAUGACAUACAGAAAGGUUACUGUGGCCUCUCUGGCAAUGGUUGCUGCCUUUAUGAUAGCUUGGACGCCUUAUGCCAUACUUGGUGCGUAUGUUAUGUACGAUACAAAUGUACCAGCUUGGGUUUUACUCACACCAACGAUGUUUGCAAAAAGCAGCACUGUUCUCAGUCCGUUAUCAUGUGCCUUGUUCAGUGGUAGUUUCCGAACAGCAGCAAAACAGCUUUUUUGCAAAAACGAGGAAGUAUUGGAUGAAGUACAGAAUGGCAGUGUUCUUCGCCCUCUUGCUUCGAAUCAUUCUUCUCCAGAGUUUGUUCAAAAAGAGGUACGUGUGACACUGUACAAAGGUGAAUUGACAAUCAACGAUAUUUUUGUUGGAAAUUUCGACAAUAUGGAGUUAUAAGAAUAAAUAAUACGUUAUGGACCAGCAAUUAACUGAAUUUUCCUGAUUUUGCUCACUGGACCCAAAGAGUCAAUUAUUUCAUUUAUUAUUUGGUGGUUUAUAUUUUUUGGAUGAGUUACUUUUAAAACUUUGCUUUUAUUGGAGCUAAACAAUAACAGUUAGUGAGAAUUUGAAAGACCAUUUUCAGUUUAAUAUAUAAUAUACCGAGAGAGAACUGAAAACAGUGUUUUAAUGUUAGAUUGUUGUCUUCUUAUGACAGAUUAUCAGCGGCUGUCGUUUGUUGCUACACAUGAAUGUCCAUUUAUCAUUGUUUUAAUUGCUAUGUCAUCAAUAUGGUGUGCUUUACAUUUUGUCAUGUCGGGGCCUUUUAUAGCUGACAAUACGGUUUGGGUUUUGUCAUUGUUGAAGGUAGUACGGUGAUCCAAUAUACAUGUACAUUUUUGUAGUUGAAUACAUGCGUUUGUUUGGAUACUGGUGGAUUGUUGUCCCAUUGAGAUACAUGUACCACUAUUUAUUUUAUUUAUUUUCUUUUAUAAACAGGAUUUACACAUGUA